UUUGUUAUAUAUAUUUAACGGCAGAGAUUUUUAACUUUUUAUUUUUCUUUUUUUCAUUUUCCCCCAAUCUGCCCCUUUGCCCCUCCACCUCCCCUGACCCACCCCUUGCAAUUACUCCUUCUUCCUCUGAAACCCUAAUCCAACCUCCUUACCUUACCGCCAUGACCAAAGCUGUACCGUAGCCUCCUUAUCGGAGCGCCGCCGUCCUGACUCACUUCACCGUCGUCGACUCCCUCCUCGCGCCGCCCCUGCCGCCCGCCACCGCCGGCGCGAACGACUUCUCCGGCCUCCAGAGCCUCGACCUUGCAAAAGGGGCGUUGAUCGUGGAGGUGAAGGAGAAGUGUGGAUGAUAGAGGUUACCGUAACGUCGUUAAUUUUUGAAAAAACUGACAUGUAUUUUUAAUUGACGUGGCUUAAUUUGAUUGGAGUUUGAGAAAAAGGUAAAGUGUUUUGGGACACGUCAUUACCGUCCUAUUUAAGUGUUGUGUUGGCGGCACUGAGUCUGCAAGUUAGACGCAGGUGUACGUUGGCGCUAGAGAGCGAUAUCAUCCAUGGCGAUUGAAACGCUGGUGUUAGGCGCUGGUCAAGAAGUUGGGAAGAGCUGCGUGGUGGUAACCAUCAACGGCAAGCGAAUCAUGUUCGAUUGCGGAAUGCACAUGGGCUACUGCGACAAUCGUCGUUACCCUGAUUUUAGCCUCAUCUCUCCUAAUAACGAUUUCAACGCUGCCCUCUCUUGCAUCAUCAUCACUCACUUUCACUUGGAUCAUGUUGGCGCCUUGGCUUACUUCACUGAAGUUUGCGGGUAUAAUGGACCGAUUUACAUGACGUACCCGACAAAAGCUUUGGCUCCUCUUAUGUUGGAAGACUAUCGAAAAGUGAUGGUUGAUCGCCGGGGGGAGGAAGAGCUAUUCUCUUCUGAUCAAAUUGCUGAGUGCAUGAAGAAAGUUAUUGCUGUUAAUCUGAGGCAGACUGUACAAGUAGAUGAAGACCUGCAGAUACGAGCCUAUUAUGCAGGACAUGUUAUUGGAGCUGCAAUGUUCUAUGCAAAAGUGGGCGAAGCAGAAAUGGUUUAUACAGGAGACUACAAUAUGACACCAGAUAGACACCUUGGAGCAGCUCAAAUUGAUCGAUUACGACUUGACCUUGUUAUAACUGAAUCCACGUAUGCAACUACAAUACGUGACUCAAGAUAUGCUCGAGAGAGGGAAUUCCUCAAAGCUGUUCAUAAAUGUGUAUCUUGUGGAGGAAAAGUGCUUAUUCCAACAUUUGCACUUGGAAGAGCUCAGGAGCUAUGCAUUUUGUUGGAAGACCACUGGGAACGCAUGAAUUUGAAGGUUCCUAUCUACUUCUCAGCAGGUUUAACAAUCCAAGCGAAUGCAUAUUAUAAGAUGCUUAUUAGUUGGACAAGCCAGAAGAUUAAAGAUACAUUCUCUAUACAUAAUGCUUUUGACUUUAAGCAUGCUCAAAAAUUUGAAAGGUCUAUGAUAGACGCUCCUGGUCCUUGUGUUCUUUUUGCCACUCCUGGGAUGAUAAGCGGCGGAUUUUCACUUGAAGUUUUUAAGCAUUGGGCAGUGUCGGAAAAUAACCUUGUCACUUUGCCUGGGUAUUGCGUGGCUGGAACAAUAGGUCACAAAUUAAUGUCAGAUAAGCGGGACAAAGUUGAUCUGGAUCCUAAUACAAAAAUAGAUGUGCGUUGCCAGGUUCAUCAAUUGGCUUUUAGUCCUCAUACUGAUUCUAAAGGGAUAAUGGAUCUUGUAAAAUUUCUCUCCCCGAAGCAUGUUAUACUAGUGCAUGGCGAGAAGCAUAAGAUGGUUUCUCUUAAAGAAAAAAUUCAUUCUGAAUUGGGGAUUCAAUGUUAUGAUCCUGCAAAUAAUGACACCAUAUGCAUUCCUUCAACUCACUAUGUAAAUGCUGAAACCUCAGACGCUUUCAUUCAUAGCUGCUUGAAUCCAAACUUCAAGUUUCAGAAAUGCAGUUCAGUGGACAUAUGUAACUCUACUACGAUAGACAGAAACUUAAUGCCUGAGCUUCAAGUUGAAGAUGAAAGGGUAGCAGAAGGAGUUUUGGUUGUGGAGAAAGGGAAAAAGGCAAAGAUUGUACACCAGGAUGAAGUUUUGCUUAUGAUGGGUGAAAAGAAACAUGAUGCUUAGUUAGCAUUUGGACCUCCUGUUUUGGUGACUCAAAGGAUGGCUUAACCGAUGAAUGCUCUUGGCUUUAAUUCUUAUAUUCAAAACUCCAAGGCCACUUAUCUAGAACCACUCAAUUCCUUGGAGAGUAUCUGCGGAUAAUCAAUUCACGCACGCAUCUCUCUUCUGUAGAAGUAUUAUUAUCCUUUCAGGAUUAUGGAAAACUCAACAUAUAACCAAAGCAGUAUAUUUCUGCUGCUUUGCUCAGCAGUGAAUGAAAAACUUGCAAGCAAACAAAUUUCAGCAAUGUAGAGCAUGAAAAUCUGGUCCAUAUGUUUAUCUGAGUGCUCGAAAGCAUGCAUCAUGUGAAUCAACAAAAACGGUUCGAUGAAAGAAAAUCAGUUUAAACAGAACUGAUUUGGGGUCCAUAUGUUUCUUUGCAAGGAGUUUGAUUUCGAUGUUAGACUUCUGCUAUACAUUUAGCAAUUGGAAAUUCCUUCUACAAAUUUACUGUGUUUAAUUGUUUAUUUGAUCCAGGAUAAAGGAAAUUACUGUGUAUGUUUAUUUGAUCUUUUACGAGUUCUGUACAAAUAUUGUAGUGAUUAUCUCUAUAUUACAUGUUCAUCAAGAAUUAUUUAUAAGGGUCAUUCAAUGAUCUGCAUUUCA